AUGAGGAGUGAUUCUGUCGUUCGCUAUGCCGUUAGCGUCGGCACCGUAUUCCAGCACGAGUUGCAGAGAGUCAAAGUGCCCAUGAAGGGCAGCAAUAUGAGCCAGGCUGAUGUCGGCCACCGUCCUCUCCUUGGAACUCGCUUCGGUGAGCAGUUGCUGGAGGAUUUCGACCUCUUCUGGGCUAUGGCACGCGGCGGCUUGGAGAACAGGAGUGAUACGAUGCCCAUUACGCUCUACCGGAAUCGUGAUGUCUGCAACAUGGUCUGUGAGUAG